AUGAAGACUGUCCUUCAGCCAGAUAAGCACUCCCACAAACUCAUCCUCUCAUCUCAGCAACCCGUCCCUACCCCCAGCCAUCCUCAAGACGUCCUCGUCAAAGUUCACGCUACCUGUCCCUGCAAGGGCGAACUCGACUGGGCCCUCUGGGCACCCGAGUUCAUCGGUGACAAGAUCCCCAUUCCCGGCCAAGACCUUGCAGGGACAGUCGUCUCAGCCCCAGAGAACAGCGGCUUCAAGCCCGACGACGAAGUCUACGCUCGUAUUGAAGCAAACCGCCCUGGUGCAGCUGCAGAAUAUGUCCUCGCCCGGGUCUCUGAGCUUGCGAUUAGACCUAAGAACUUGACUUGGGCUGAAACUGCGGCGAGUCCUAUUAGUGCACUUACUGCAUAUCAGGGAUUGUUCACAAGGGGAGGUUUGGAUCCCAAGGCACUUGCGGGAGAUGAAGCUGCGCGGGAGAAGAACGGCAAGGUCCGAGUUCUUAUCAACGGUUCUGCUGGGGGAGUGGGCAGCUGGGCUGUACAGCUCGCUCGCCUGGCUGGAGUCAAGACUAUUGCGGGAGUUGUUGGAACACAGAAUAUCGAUUUCGUUCGGCAACUUGGUGCGACUGAGACCAUCGACUACAAGAAGCAGAGUAUUGGAGAGUGGGCUACCCAAGAUCCCUCAUCUCGACAAUUCGACCUUGUCUUUGAUUGUAUUGGCUUGCCUUCUCUAUCUCAGACGUGGUAUGCAGUUCGGGAGGGAGGAACACUUGUCAGUGUCUGUGCUCCACCGGAGCAGAAUCGUCCGGAAGAUGUCAAGAAGGAGGUCAACAGCAUCUUCUUUGUCAUUGACCCGGUCGGCAAGGAUCUAGAAGUCAUCACCAAACUUCUGGAGGCUGGCCAGAUUAAGCCGCACAUCGAUAGCGUGGUUGGUCUCGACGACUUUGAAGAGGCUUGGGAGAAGGUUGAGUCGGGUAGAACUAAGGGAAAGGUUGUCGUUAUGGUGAUGAAGGACGAAUAG